UAAAAAUGGCUCAAAGUUACAUCGACGCAAAAGUACACAGUAACAACGCAGUUCUUGUUCAGUUUUGUCGGCAAUUUAUGAUAACGUCAUAUUGUAAUUUCCAGAAAAGUUGCUCGUAUUAAUUUACAUAACAGAUAUUUAGCUAAUGUUAGCAAAGUUGUGUUAGCUGUAACGUAGUGUCAUGAAUGUGUGUGUGUGGACUCAGCUGGCUGGAGCUGGUCUGACAGCUCCGAGGAAUUUGAGGGCUAACUUAGCUUUACUUACAGCUCCAGAAUAGAAAACAGGUUGAACUUUAUACACACUAAAACUGAUCCAGAUAUUUCUUCAAUAGCAGCGUACCUACCCGGACGACGUAACGCUACGUUAGCAUCCCACUGCUAGCACGAAUAACGUUACCGACGGCUGGAGGUCGAGGUAAACACCAAGUUGGUCGCCAAGUAAAUUGGUGAACGCCUGCAUCGACGCUGGCUUCAGCUAUGUGGCAGUGGAGGAGGGGUGUCGGCGGUGGUGGUGCCGUAGCGUACAACAGCAUGAUUGUUCGCUUCUUCUUCAGCUUCUCCUUCAGCUGAGAGCCGGGACAUUUCGCAGCGACACUGGCAGAGUGGCUGCAAUCCGGGACGACAGAAAGUAAACAUCCCUCAGCUUGACUCAUGCUCACAAAGGUGCGGUCCGGCCUGACUGUCUCUUUCUCUUUAUCAACCAGAAGUAGUGGUUUGGAUGCAGGUUGUGUGUUGGCUGCUGUGCCUCGGCACGGCGGGGGCAAUGGCCUUGCUGCAGAAGGACCAGGCGGCCCAGCACGCCAUCAAGCUUUAUUGGAGCAAGGAGGCUACACACGGCCAGAGCUGGGUGGCCAACAACUGCAAGCGGCUGGUGGGUCUCCUGCAUCAGAAGAAUGUGGUCGUCAAGAAGCUGGCAGCCGCUGCUGAUGCUGUCGGACGAGACCGGGCCCUUUCAGAACCAGAGAGGCACUUCCAGGUUCACACUCUGGAGGUUUUCCAGAAGGAGCUGAAUGAGAGCGAGAACCUGGUGUUCCAGGCGGUGCACAGCCUGCAGAGGGCGCUGCAGGGGGACUACAGGGAUGUGGUCAACAUGAAGGAGAGCAGCAGACAGAGGCUGGAGGCCCUCAGGGAGGCGGCCAUAAAGGAGGAACAGGAGUAUGUGGAGCUGGUGGCUGCUGAGAAGCACCAGCAGGAAGCUGUUAAAAGCGCUUUAGCCCAGAACAAGACUCUGUCCAUGCUGGAUGAGAUCCUGGAGGACGUCAGGAAGGCAGCAGACCGGCUGGAGGAGGAGAUCGAGGAGCACGCCUUUGACAACAACAAACAGAUGAAGGGGGUAAAUGUAGAGGCGGUGUUGAGAGUAGAGGAUGACGAGGAGAACAGCGGGAAGAGGAAGAACAAGUCCCAGAAGAAGGAAGUGGAGGAUGACCUGGGGUUGAGCAUGCUUAUUGACUCGCAGAACAACCAGUAUGUCCUGACCAAACCACGAGACUCCACAAUACCAAGAGCAGACCAUCACUUCAUCAAGGACUUGGUGUCAGUGGUGAUGUUGUCCCUGCCCUGUGGUUGGAUUUGCACGCUGGUCGGCCUUCCUCCCAUGUUUGGGUAUAUCAUCUGUGGGGUCCUACUCGGUCCAUCUGGCCUCAACAGCAUCAAGUCUAUGGUCCAGGUGGAGACUCUCGGGGAGUUGGGUGUUUUUUUCACUCUCUUUGUGGUGGGACUGGAGUUCUCACCUGAGCGCCUCCGAAAGGUAUGGAAGACAUCAGUCCAGGGAUCGUGCUACCUGAGUCUGCUGAUGGUGGGGGCCGGUCUGUUGUGGGGACAAGUCCUGCGUAUUCGACCCACCCAGACUGUCUUCAUUUCCACUUGUCUGUCCCUGUCCAGCACUCCGCUAGUGUCCCGCUUCCUAGCAGGGGGGUGCAGAGGGGACAAAGAAGGCGAUCUGGACUACAGCAGCGUUCUCCUCGGGAUGUUGGUGAUGCAAGAUGUUCAGCUCGGCCUCUUAAUCGCCGUCAUGCCGACUCUGAUCCAGGCACAGAGUGGGUCAGUUAGCUUGCUGUUUGGAAGUCUCCACGUGUUAUGCCUCCUGGCCCGGGUCCUGGUCUCUCUGGCUGCUGUGCUGCUGCUGUGUUUGUUACUUAAGUCAUUCCUGAUUGGCCCUUAUUACAAGAAACUGCAUGCUGAGAGCAAAGGCAACAAGGAGAUCCUGGUGCUGGGGAUGGCAGCUUUUGUCUUUGUCAUGCUGACGGUGACAGAGUUUUUGGAUGUUUCUAUGGAGCUGGGCUGUUUCCUGGCUGGAGCCUUGCUGUCCACGCAGGGUCACAUGGUUACCACAGAGGUCAUGGGAUGCAUCGAGCCGAUCAGAGAUUUCCUCGCCAUCAUCUUCUUCGCCUCUAUCGGUCUCCACGUGUUCCCGACGUUCGUGCUGUAUGAACUCACCAUUCUGCUGGCGCUAACGCUCACGCUCGUCAUUAUGAAGUUCGCUAUGGCCGUACUGGUGCUGUCGGCCAUCUUGCCUCCGGGCUCUCGACACAUACGAUGGGUUGUUUCAGCUGGUCUGGCUCAGGUCAGCGAAUUCUCCUUCGUCUUGAGCAGCCGUGCCCGUCGUGCUGGCAUCAUCUCCAGAGAGGUGUACCUGCUGGUUCUCAGUGUCACCACCCUCAGUUUGCUGCUGGCACCAGUGUUGUGGAAAGUCACCACACACAGAUGGGUUCCCCGGACCGAGCGCAAAACAGUCACAUGACCAGACCGGCUUCAGGGCCAAAAGGUUCCCAGUGUAACUCUUACAAAGCCGGCAGCGGCGUCACAAGAAGCGGAAGUUCAGUCCUUUGUAUUUGGCCAUGAGAAAGGCUCUCAACGCACAUGAUGAUAUGGACCAAAUCUUCCUCUUCUUCUUCUUCUUGAUUUAACAAACUCAGCCCACUGCCUCAUCAUCAUCAUCAGCACAUUUUGACUUGAGAAAUGUCUCCUUCAGACUGUUAUGAAGGUCUUCUGCUAUGCAUCAUUCACUACAUUCUUCUCUCCAUGUCCUGGACUAUCCAUGCUCCUCACCAGAGUUUACAUAUAGGUACUGACACUGUAUAAGAUCUUAUUUGAUAACACAUACUAAAAUCAUGUAAGGUAAUACCUGUCAAACUGCAACAAAGCUGAACGCCUCCACUCUUUUCGCGAAAAUCAACAUUCCUUGAUGGAAGCACACCCGCUCAAUGGUUCUGUGGAGAAGCACGAGUACUUGAUAUCCUUCCAGUUCUGAUGCUUUAAUGUUCUUUCUCAUGCAUUGUGAAGACGAACUCGCCACCGUCUGUAUGAAUGAUUUGUUUUCCAUUGUAAGUCGAUGAAAUCCUCUUCAUCAGGUGUGUUUGCACAUUCAACUGCAAGUAUUCCUUGUAACAAUCAGAGGGACAAAAUCUGAGGGUUUAACUUCACUUUUAGUUUCUUUUUUCAUGUCUGAGUAAAAUGUUUGGGGAAAACGUUUUGUGUGAUUUAGCUACAUCCCUAUUUUUGACCAUCUCACAUUACUAUUUCUGACUUCUGCCUUCAAAUUCCUGUUACUACAAAUGGAAGUUUUUGACUAUUAGCUGAAGUGAAAACCAUGUAUUUGUUGUAUUUAAUAUAUGGUAGUCGUAGUUCUAGUCAUUGUACUGCUGUGAUUGUAGCUGUGAUGACACAAUCAACCUGAAAACUGCAAUAACUCCUUUUACAAAGACUCUUCACUCGCUCAUCGUUCAUGCUCUCCAUUCUCGUCAAAAGUAUUUAAACCCUGGUAUAAGACUCACUAGCAAGAAAAGAAAAAAUAAUGAAAUGUUAAAUAUCAGCUCACAAGGACAAAAAUGUUCAUCAGAAUGUAUUUAGUGAUGUUGCAAAAGAAACAUCCUGCACUAGUUACCAUUGAAUGUCAAACUUAUGUGCCUGAGCUCUGCACUACAAGCAAGACUUUGAGGAGUGUGAUCGCAGUGUGAGAGAGCACCUCUGUGGCAUCUCAUGCUGUGAAUGUCCUUGUCUUAUCUUCCACAAUGUGCAAUGUAAAUGUAUGUAUGUAGCUACAUACAUGUUAGAUUUUGUUUUAUGUGUAAUAGUUUUGAGGGUUUUUUUUUUUUAACAUACUUUUGUAGUGUGUUAACACAGAGGGGUGUUUUUCUUCAUGUGUUGUCGAUUGGGUUUACGUACAUGCUGACCAUCACUGACGCUUCCAGGAGCAAAGAAAUACUGUUUUCAUCAAAAUGUUGACGUAUUUUUAAGUUGUUUAAUUAAUUAAUGUAUUUAUUAAAGUCCAGAAUAUG